AUGACAAGGAAUAGUAGUAACUGUUACAUUAUAGUAAAAAUUUUGAAACGUAUGGACGAUUUAAUUGUUCCUAACUGUGUCCAAUUUUCGUACUUGCUCUUUUUCAUGUACGUACACUCCUCGGUUAUUUGCAAGACCCUCUUCGGUCAAACUGGUGAACAAAGUGUGAAGGGGCUGCACCCGAGGGACUCGAUUUUUUCCCCGAAGGUUUUCGUAGCAGUUAACAGACCCCGCACGAUAAAUGAUGGGGCCGAUGUGGUCCGUGCAAAGCAGAGCGAGUACCACAAUGUUGUCGACACCGCGGAGGAGCUAUUGCGUAUUAUUGCUGAGAACACACAUAUGCUACUAGGACAAGAAACCCCCAACAAGCACGGACUUAAAGCUGAAUCCGAAAUUAUAAAUGCAAACGACGAAAAUGUUUUAAAUUUGCUCUUAAACAGCAAAGAAAAGGAAUCCCAAAGGGAAAGGAAGUAUUCGGCCCCAGUUAUACUAGUUCUUCCGCAGCCCUUAACCAGACAGGAGUUAUUUUACUACGAGAAAUAUAAGCAUUUUGCUGAGGACAUUAAACACACUAAGCCUUUACUAUUAAGAGUUUCCCAUUUUGCGAAAUUGGCAGAAAUUAAAAGCAAGAAUAAGGCAGAGGCCGUUGAAGAGCUAGCCGUCGCGGAAAAAAUGGUGGAAACGUGCACCUCCAGGAUGAAUGUCAUUAACGAAGCGCUGGAGGAAAUAUCACUAGGCACAUCCACACGGGAAGACAAAAACACAAAACGGCUUAAGGACGAACGAACCUUCUUAAACCAGAAGAGACGCGUUUUGGUAUGCUAUGAAAUGUGCUUCAGGGCAAAGCAAAGAUAUGAAUCAAAAAAUAAAAAAAUUGCGAUUAAUAAAUUAGCGGUAAAAAGGGUCUUCCUAAAUAUCGUGGAAGAACUCCAAACGCGUUAA